AUGUCUACAAACUCCUCAAGUAGUCCCCAAGAUGCCUCCAAGAGAAUCAGUACACGCCCACCAUAUCAGCUACAUAUACUACCAUUCAGCAGACUAACAAAGUGUCAGACGGGCGCGCUUGUAUCAAUUGCCAUCAACGCAAGGUCCGCUGUGAUAUUCUUGACAAAGGAGCCCCUUGCACAAACUGCUCAACUGGACAUCGCGAGGGAUCCCCAUUCACGAACUACUAAUACGAGGCCCAGCGACAAGCUCCCCGGUCUUCGCCCAAGAAGGCAGCCAAUACAAGGUUCUUCAGCUGAAGUAUGCACUGAUGAGUUUCAAACAGAGGACCCAGGGAACUUCGACGAUCUCAUGAAUAAUGAAAGCAUCCAGACAAGAGAAUUUGGAGAUCAAAAUCGGGUUUGCUUCGUCGGAGGGGCCCUGGCCAAUUAUCAUUAUUUGAUGCGGCAAACAUAUCCUCAGCAAGUUCGCAGGAACGUUUUCCACUUCGGGGGCCGGCAGUACAGCUACAAAGACACGUCUCAUAAUCUCCAACGUAUUCCCACAGAAGCACUUGAGAGACCGAAAAAGGCACUAGCAGACAGGCUGGUCCGGGCCUACUUUGAUCGGAUCAAUUGCGGAUGGCCAAUUGUAGAUGAAGAGAGCUUCAUGUACCAGUAUGAAAAGAAUUACCCCAGUGACCCAUUGCCCCUGACGCUGUUGAAUGCAGUCCUCAUGGUCGGGGCUCAUGUAUUGGCUGAUGAAGAUGACGAGAUGAAAGAUCUGCAAAGCAUCUUGUUUCACCGAGCCAAGACUCUGAUCGACUUCCGGCUAGACCAGGACCGAGUUGCGUUCGUACAGGUAGCGAUUCUCAUGACUUGGUACUCAGAUGGCUUAGAAGACAUUGUGGCAAAUACGUGGCACUGGAUUGGAAUUGCCACACGGACAGGCCUGGGGCUGGGAAUGCAUAGGAACACAUUUCAGUCGAUGAUGCAGCCACACUGGAAACGCAUAUGGACACGGCUCUGGUGGAUCCUAUUUCAAUUUGAAUUUGAUACUCUUGCAUCAGCAUCUCUGGGAAGGCCACAGAUUCUAAACCUUGAUGACUCCGAUGUGCCUGAGCUUGUACCGGAGCACUUUAAAGGCAUUCCCAACGCAAACAUACAAUUUUUGAUUCAGCAGUCUAAGUUAUGCAUGAUUAUUUCACGCACAGCUAGAGACGGCUGGUCUCUUCGCUCUACCGCCCAAGCCCGAAACAACGCCAUCGAGACCGCAGAUGAGGCACUGGCCAGCUUCCUCCAUCAAUUACCGCCAGAACUUCAACUGCGUGCAACAAACAUCACAACUUGGCAGGCUAUGCUUCAUUUAACAUACAAUAAUUUCGUUAUUCUCAUUCAUCGGCCGCCGCCAAAAGGCGGUCCAGAUGGCCAAGAGGAUGCCAGUUACACACGGCCUCACUUGUGCGCCGUGGCUACAGUAGCGAUCAGUUCCAUCCUCGAAUCCCUCAUUGACCAAAAUCUGAUUUGCACAUUGUGGUACUCUGUAAAUCAUAUCAUUCUUACUGCAAUCAUCAAUGCGAGCACAGAAAUCGCCUCAUCAAACCCACUUACAGCGGCUGAAUCACAACGCGGUCUUUCAAUCACUUCUUGCAUCAUUGCGGUCGUUUUCACGAUUCUGGGUCUAUUCCACAUGUUCCAACAGAGGGCAUUAAGGUUGAAACAUAGGAGCAUCAUAACAAAUGACCAGCCCCUUCACCAAUCACGUCAUGGCCCGGACCACUUCAUAGCGGUCGACUCAGACCCUGCAGCUCAACAACUACUAGCUGAAUAUCGGACUGAAAACGAUCAAAUGACACCCUGUACCGAUUUGGCCUACCAACAUGAUCCGUCGUGCUCGGACUACGCAUCUCUUCCUAUCACUGAUGAUGAGAUUGAAUGGAACCUGCUCAGUGCGGAUGAAGGUGCCCUUUUAGAAAAUCUAUUCCCAUCGGAUUGCCCUCAAGUUGAUAGUUUUCUAAAUGAAGUUUUCAAAUAG